AUGGGAUCUCUCGCUCCGUAUCAGCGCAAGCACAGGGUGGCAGUGGUAGGCUCCGGUAACUGGGGUACCGCAAUUGCCAAGAUUAUUGCCGAAAAUGCGGCGGCCAACACCGCUAUCUUCGAAGAGAAGGUGGAUAUGUGGGUGUUUGAAGAGAAGGUUGAGAUCGCAAAGGACUCGCCGCACCAUGACCCCGCCUUCACCGGUCCCCAGAACUUGACCGAUGUAAUUAACCGCACCCAUGAGAACGUCAAGUACCUUCCAGGAAUCCUGUUGCCGGCCAACCUGCACGCGAACCCGUCGAUCGAGGCCGCCGUCAAGGACGCCACCAUCCUCGUCUUCAACCUUCCCCACCAGUUUAUUCUCAAGACCUGUGAGCAGAUCAAGGGCAAGAUCCUGCCCUACGCCCGCGGUAUCUCGUGCAUCAAGGGUGUCGACGUCAACGAAGAGGGUAUCAACCUCUUUUCGGAGACCAUUGGCAAGACCCUGGGCAUCUACUGUGGCGCGCUGUCCGGCGCCAACAUUGCCAACGAGGUCGCGCAGGAGAAAUGGUCCGAGACCUCCAUUGCCUACGACCCCCCGCACCUGGACUCCAAGGCGCCCACGCCCCAGCGCUCUCCGUCUUCUUCCCAGGUCGACCUGGUGCAUUUCCAACACCGGGAUACCUCGGGCCAGUUCUCGACGGUGAAGCUGCAGGCCCUCCCUUCUGAAUAUCCACCCAUCAACCAUGACGUCCUCAAGACACUGUUCCACCGCCCGUACUUCCACGUCCGGGUGGUGAACGACGUCGCUGGCGUUUCCAUCAGCGGGGCGUUGAAGAACAUCGUCGCGCUGGCCGCUGGCUGGGUGGACGGCAUGGGCUGGGGCGACAACGCCAAAGCUGCCGUGAUGCGCGUGGGCCUGAUGGAGAUGGUCCGAUUUGGCGACAAGUUCUUUGGCGCGACCAUUGACCAGCGCACCUUCACAGAGGAGAGCGCUGGUGUGGCCGAUCUGAUCACCAGCUGCAGCGGUGGCCGCAACUUCCGUUGCGCCAAGCACAGCGUUGAGCGCAAUCUGCCCAUUGAGGAGAUUGAGAAGACCGAGCUCAACGGCCAGAAGCUUCAGGGUACUUUGACAGCCGUCGAGGUCAACAACUUCCUGAAGAAGCAAGGCAUGGAGGAUCAGUUCCCUCUGUUUACUGCUGUCCACCGCAUUCUGGAAGGGAACAUGCAAGUCGCGGAGAUUCCUUCCUAUAUCGAGCGGUAA